UUUUUUUCACAUCUUAGAAACACUCUUCUGUUCCCCCUCCCUAUCGACUUUAUUUUUUUUACACUUCUCCUUCCCCUCUUUCUAGAUAUUCAGUUUUGGCGUUCGCGAGAUAACUUCGAGGGUCUCUCACUGCGUUCGGUCCUUUUCAAUAUAUUCCAAUCGGUGAUUGUUGUGCUCUACGUGCUUGACAAUGAUACAAACUUUAUGGUGAAGGUCUCUGUGUGUAUUGGACUGGCGAUUGAAAUCUGGAAGAUUCAUAAGGUUUUCAAGAUUCAGUUUGAUCACGAGAAUAAGCUCUUUGGCGUCAUUCCUCGUCCAUCCUUCGAAUGGCAAGAAAGCUACACUGAGUCGGAGACUAAAAUCUACGACCAGAUGGCAUUUAAAUACCUUUCAUGGGCCCUCUUUCCACUUCUCAUUGCCUAUGCCGGCUAUUCAUUGGUAUAUGAAGAACAUCGUGGUUGGUAUUCGUGGAUUCUUUCCAUGCUUUAUGGAUUCCUGCUCACAUUCAGUUUCAUUGCAAUGACACCCCAAUUGUUCAUCAACUAUAAACUCAAGUCAGUUGCUCAUCUGCCAUGGCGUAUGAUGACCUAUAAGGCACUCAAUACGUUCAUUGAUGAUCUCUUUGCUUUCGUUAUCAAAACACCCACACUUUAUCGUAUUGGCUGCUUCCGUGAUGAUAUUAUUUUCUUCAUCUAUCUCUAUCAACGUUGGAUCUACCGCAUUGAUCCAUCACGAGUGAAUGAGUUCGGUGUGAGCAAGGAAAUGUUGGAAAAUGCGGAAGGGGUCAAAUCAAUCGAGUCGACAAAGACGACGGAGGCCAUUGAAGACAAGACUGGGAGUGACCGCCUGCCAUUUGAUAUAAAUAAUCGCUCUUAA